AAUACAAACCUAUCAAACUAAUUUCAAUUUCUAUUUUAGUCAGCUGCAGUGCUUCUUUUCUCCUCCCUUUCCUCGCUCGCUUGCGCGGUUGACUCACUUGACACAUUGAGUCACUAAGCUAUAAACACAAAUCUUCAAUUAUCUCACAGCAGUAAGCUUCUAUAAAUGAACCACGAAGAAGCAAACUUCGAGACCAUGCGAGUCCGUCAGCAGGCCCCUGGAACGGGCUCUGAAAUCGAUACUCAGGCCCUUGGAACCACUGCUGCGACACCUGACAAAGAUGAGAUAAAGUACCCCGACGGCGGCCGUAACGCCUACUUGGCCGUUAUCGGCUCAUUCUUUGGUUCUGUCACAUGCUUGGGGUUAGUCAAUGCCAUUGGUUCAGUUCAAGCGUACGUUUCGUCCCACCAGUUGUCUGGAAUGACGACCUUUUCAAUCUCAUGGAUCUUCUCUAUAUACUUGUCAUUAUCAUACGCCUUGGGGUUAGCAAUUGGUCCUAUUUUUGACCAUCACGGUAGUCAGGCCAUAUUAGUGUUUACUACAGUGUUUGUGUUUGCCGGUUUGAUGGGAGCUGCUAGUUCCACCCAGAUGUACCAAUUUGUGUUGAGUUUCGUGAGUUUAGGGAUUGGCAAUGGUGCUGGGAUGACCCCAGUGGUGGGAGUUAUAAAUCACUGGUUUCUACGCAAAAGAGGGCUUAUGACUGGUGUUGUAACCUGUGGUGGUUCUGUGGGAGGAUUGACUUUCCCGUUGCUAUUGCGAUUUGCAUACGACAAAUAUGGCUACGAAUGGGCCAUGCGCAUUCUUGCCUUCAUAAACCUUGGAUGCAUGUUGGUGAGUGUGAUCUUAUGUAAAGAACGAAUUAUUCGACCUCCAACCUCAAAAUUUGGUAAACGGAUUAAUGUAGAACAAAUGUUGCAAAAAGUGGUUGCGGUUUUAAAGAGAAACAACGACAAAACCUUUUGGUUGACGAUGAUGGCAUCGUUUUUUGCAGAGUUGAGCUUGGUUUUGGUGGUAACGUACUUUGUCACGUAUGCUAUGGCCCAGGGGGUGCCAGAGUCGACUGCUUAUUUGCUUCUGACUAUUUGGGCUGCAGCCAGUAUUCCGGGCAGAAUCUUACCUGGAUUUGCGUCUGAUUACUUGGGCAAGUUCAAUGUGCAUAUAUUCAUGCUUUCGGGACUAAAUGUGUGUUUCUUUGGUAUUUGGUACGCUUUUGGUCAUAAAUUGUCGGUCCUCUACGUGUUUGCGUGUGUAGCUGGUUUUUUUCAGGGACUGACAUCAGGAAUGAUCCCCGCGUGUUUGGCCCAGAUUACCAGAGUAUCUGAGUUUGGAGAACGGUUUGGAAUCCUUAACUUUUGCUUGAGUUUUGGUAACUUGUUGGGGGUCCCAAUUGGUGCGGCCAUUAUUCGCCGGGGGUCGGUGGAAGAGUACGACAACUUUGUGCUUUUGGUGGGAGGUUUGGGCGUUGCCAGUGUGGUGUUAUAUGUGCUCGCCAGAUACACGUUGGUGGGUGUUCGGAUGAACGUGAAGAUUUAGGUGACCUAGUCAAACCUGUGAUAUUAUAGGAAUUCUACCAACCUUCAAGACAACACGUUUAAACAAUAAACGUGGAUUAUGAAUAGAUUUUAAGCUUUUUAGUAGAUAUAGUAAUUCUAGGAUUCGCAAUUUUUGCAACCAAAGAUAAACCCUC